UCUCAAUUUCUAGAUCAAUUCGCCCCGACAUCCUCACUUCCUCACCUCGCACCCCCCCGCCUGUUCUCCGCCUACCAAGCCCGAUGCAAUUCUUCACAUAAUGACCCGCGCAUGACGCCUGCCCAGCCUUUCAAGAAAGAGGUUGACGUCGCAACUGAGGCCCCAGAACAACGGACACAGCCGGGUGGAUUAGACAAUGAGAGACCCGUUGAAGAGGCCGCGGCCGAGUCCGUCAACCAAGCCUCUGCGGGCCCCAGCAAGCGCGAAACGCGCAUGCAUAAACUCAACAAACGCAUGCAGGAGCAAGCCGAGAAUUAUUCACCGCCGGAGUCGGAGACGGUUUACGUGGGUAAUUUGUUUUAUGACGUUGAGGCGGAGGAUCUACGGACGAGGAUGGAACAGUUUGGAACCGUCAUUCAGGCGUUGGUUGUUUAUGAUAAUCGGGGUUUGAGUAAAGGAUUCGGCUACGUCCAGUUCAACACCACCGAAGAAGCCCGCAACGCUAUCGAAAACCUGCACCUCCGAGUCUUCGAAGGCCGCCAACUCGUUGUGCAAUUCUCGCACACCCAGCUCCGACAAAAUGAUCAACGGUACGAGCAGUCAAAUACCUUAUUUAUCGGCAAUAUCCCGUACGAGUGUACGGACCGUGAUGUCCAGGCUAUUUUCGCCGAUAUUAAGAAUCUGGUCGAUGUCCGUUUCGCGGUUGAUCGGCGGUCUGGAGCGCCGCGUGGAUUCUGUCAUGCGGAGUUCGUGGGCAUUGGUGCGGCUGUGAAGGCUAUGGAGAAGUUGAGGGUUAAGAGGCCAUAUGGAAGAAUGUUGAAGGUUGAGUUUUCCACAAGGAAGAAGGUUUCGUUUAUGGCGGGGGAGAAUGUUAAGGCACAGGAGAGGAGGGAUUGGGAGAGAGAACAACAGGAGCAGGAGGCGGAGAAUAGGGAUAUCGAGAGUCGGAUCGACUUCCGAGUUUAA